CUGGACAGGGGAGGGAGUAGAGACGCUACGGGAUUAAACCUCCCACAAACACACUGACAUGAGACCAUGAAAGCACGGGAAAGCGUUUCAUUUAGACCGCCAACACUUUCUGGAGACUUUAAAGCACUGGAAACAUGGACUAAAGCAUCCAUCGCGUUCAUCUGAACAUGAGAGUUAACGGCGGGACAAGCGGAGGGCUUUUAGGAAGGAUUUUUAUAUCACAGGCGCUCGCAAAGGUAGUCGGGACAGCGGAGAAAACAGACUUUUAAUGUGUUUAAUUGUUUUAUUUACACGUCUGCUGUAAAUUAAUGAAAGUUUGUAGCUCGACAUGUCAGUCCCGAGCCAUGUGGAGACGCGUAAGUUCACCCGGGGGCUCGGUAAACCGGGCACGGCGGCGGAGCUGCGGCAGAGUGUGUCGGAGGCGGUCAGGACGUCGGUUUUAGUGGUGAAGCCGCGUGUGGUGGAGCCUCUGGACUAUGAGAGUGUGCUGGUGCAGAGGAAAACUCAGAUCCUCAGCGAUGGACUCAGGGACAUGCUGCAGUUUCCUCUGGAGGAUUUUCAGGUGUGUACACUGCCACGACAGAUCCGGACGUUCUACCCCUCCAUACCUCCACACGCACUGAGAGAGGCACAGAAUCUGUUUGUACAAGAGUGCAUCAAGUCUUACAUCUCUGAUUGGCAUGUGGUCAACUACAAAUAUGAGGAUUAUUCCGGUGACUUCCGUCAGCUUCACAACAAAGUGUCCAGACCUGAUAAUUUAGCCCAGCAUGUUUUUGAGGUGGAUGAAGAUGUGGAUAAAGAUGAGGACACGACCUCUCUGGGCUCCCAGAAGGGUGGUCUCAUUAAACAGGGCUGGCUACAUAAGGGCAACAUGAACAGCGCCAUCAGCGUCACUAUGAGGUCAUUCAAAAGAAGGUAUUUCCACCUGACACAGCUGGGCGAUGGGUCAUAUAAUCUCAACUUCUAUAAGGAUGAGAAGAUCAACAAAGAGCCCAAAGGAACCAUCUUCCUGGACUCCUGUAUGGGAGUGGUGCAGAACAAUCGUGUGCGGAGGUUUGCGUUCGAGCUGAAGAUGCAAGAUAAGAGUGGCUAUGUUCUGGCCGCUGACUCUGAGAGCGAGAUGGACGACUGGAUCAGCACCCUCAACAAAAUCCUCAACAGCAGCUUUGAGCUCGCCAUGCAGGACAAGAGGAACGGAGACUUACACGAUGAUGAUGAACAGGCGAAAAGCGAUCACUCCUCUAGCAGUAUGGACAGUUUUCAGAGUGCCAGAGACAUCGAGAGCAAGAUGAGAAAUGAGACACGGCUAAAACUCUUUACACUGGACCCAGACUUACAGAAACUGGAUUUCUCCGGGAUCGAGCCAGAUGUGAAGCCCUUUGAGGAAAAGUUUGGGAAGCGAAUCUUGGUGAACUGUAACGACCUGUCCUUCAACCUGCAGAGCUGUGUGGCGGAAAAUGAAGAAGGGCCAACCACUAACGUCGAGCCCUUCUUCGUCUCUCUGUCGUUGUUUGAUAUUCAAAGUGGACGCAAGAUCUCCUCAGACUUCAAUGUGGAUAUGAACCAUCCGUCUGUGAAAGCGCUGCUUCCCCCCUCAGGAGCUCACAACAGCACCGCAGCGCCAGACAGUCCACAAGCAGCUCAACCGACAGCCAACAGCCUGACAGAGAGCGCCAUUCAGUUUCCACGACAGUGGGAUGUUACAGAUGAGCUGUGCAGGAUGCCGCUGUUUAAGGAUGCCUCUGGGACGGUGGACAAGAGCGCUCGAUUCUCGGCUCUCUACCGACAGGACGGCAACAAGCUCUCCAACGAGGACAUGUUCAGACUGCUGGCAGACUUCAGGAAGCCAGAAAAGAUGGCCAAGUUGCCUGUGAUUCUGGGUAAUUUGGAUGUUACGGUCGAUAACGUCGCACCAGAUCUCACUAAUUGUGUCACGCCCUCCUAUCUUCCUCUUCGUCAGACGGAAGUCGCAGCAGACUGGAGCAGGAUGGUGUUUGAGGUGGAGGAGUUUGUGCCGUCUAUCGCUAAAUGCUCCCAGCCUUUCACAAUUUACAACAAUCACCUGUAUGUGUAUCCACGCCAUCUCAAAUAUGACAGCCAGAAGAGCUUCACCAAGGCCAGAAAUAUCGCUCUGUGUCUUGAAUUCAGAGAUUCGGAUGAAGAGGACGCUCUCCCACUGAAGUGUAUUUACGGGCGUCCAGGAGGGCCAAUGUUCUGUAAGAAAGCAUUUGCUCCCGUCUUACACCACCAGCAGAACCCAGAGUUUUAUGAAGAGUUUAAGAUAGAGUUGCCGGCUCAGCUGACGGACAGACAUCAUCUUCUGUUCACUCUCUAUCACAUCAGCUGUGACAGCAACAGCAAAGCCAGCACUAAGAGACGAGAACAGGUGGAGAUACAAGUGGGUUAUGCGUGGCUCUCCUUGCUGAAGGAUGGCAGAGUCAUCAUGAAUGAACAGCAGGUGGCAGUGGCUGCAAACCUGCCUUCAGGCUACCUGAGUUACCAGGACAACAGCAGCAAGCAGCACACUGGUCAAGAGGUGAAGUGGGUGGAUGGUGGGAGGCCGCUGCUCAAAGUCUCCACACAGCUGGUGUCCACUGUAUACACACAGGAUCAACAUCUGCAUAACUUCUUUCAUCACUGCCAGAGUAUUGAAUCCACAGGCCAGUCAGGAGGAGAACUGAUCAAAUACCUGAAGAGUCUGCAUGCCAUGGAGGCUCAUGUGAUGGUGAAGUUCCUCCCCACCAUACUGAACCAGCUGUUUCGUGUGCUCACCGUCUCCGGUCAGGAUGAUGUUGCUGUGAACGUCACCAGGGUGAUGAUUCAUGUCGUGGCUCAGUGUCAUGAGGAGGGUCUGGAGCAUCACCUGCGUUCUUAUGUAAAGUACGUUUUGAAGGCUGAGACUAACUUAACCAAUGGUAAAACUGUCCAUGAGGACCUGGCAAAAGCCAUGACCACCAUCCUGAAACCCUCGACGGACUUCCUCACCAGCAACAAACUGCUGAAGUACUCCUGGUAUUUCUUUGAGGUUUUAGUCAAGUCUAUGGCUCAGUACCUGAUUGAGACGGGCAAGGCCAAGGUGUCUAGGAACCAGCGUUUCUCAGCUUCAUUCUAUCACUCCGUGGAGACCUUAGUGACAAUGCUGAUGCCUCAUAUAACACAGAAAUACAAAGACAACCUGGACGCGACACGAAACGCCAAUCACAGCCUUGCUGUCUUCAUCAAGCGCUGUUUUACCUUCAUGGACAGAGGGUUUGUCUUCAAGCAGAUCAACAACUACAUCAACUGCUUCAUGCCCGGAGACGCAAAAACGCUGUAUGAGUUUAAGUUUGAGUUUCUGAAGGUGGUCUGUAAUCAUGAGCACUACGUUCCUCUCAAUCUGCCCAUGCCGUUCGGGAAGGGCCGAAUCCAGCGCUUUCAAGAUCUUCAGCUGGACUACUCUUUAACGGAUGAUUUCUGUAAGCAUCACUUCCUGGUGGGGCUGUUGCUAAGGGAGGUGGGCGGAGCUGUGCAGGAGUGCAGAGACAUCCGUCAGAUCGCUGUACAGGUGCUGAAGAACCUGAUGAUCAAACACGCCUUUGACGAUCGUUACUCCUCCAAGGGUCAGCAGGCUCGCUUGGCUACGCUUUACCUGCCUCUUUUCAGUCUGCUGCUGGAAAACGUCCACAGGCUCAACAUCAAAUAUGUGCCGCCUGUCACCAACCAGACUAACAUUAAUGGCCGUGAUGAUCAUGUCAUGAUGACACCUACAAAAAAUAUGGCCAGUCCAGUGGACAGCAGCCUGCAUAAAGAGGUCUUUGGAGUGAUUUCAGGAACAGUCUCUCCUCACACUCCGACCGUGAGCUCUGUACGGCACACUGACUCACGCAGCUCUCUUAUUGGCACGGACUCUGCAAACGGCCUAUCAGAGCGCAGCAUUGACAAGCCACACCCCCUAGACAAGUGUCAUGUCACUGGGGUUCUGGGCAGCUCUUUGCUCCGCUGUGAUAAACUGGACCAAUCUGAAGUGAAGAACAUAUUAAUGUGCUUUCUGCACGUGUUAAAGAGCAUGUCUGAAGAUGCUCUGUUCAACUACUGGAAUAAAGCUUCACCCACAGACCUGAUGAACUUUUUCAGUCUGCUAGAGGUGUGUCUUCAUCAGUUCAGAUACAUGGGAAAGAGACACAUUGCAAGGACUCUGGAGGAGUCAGGGCCGGUGGUUCACGAGCGCCGCUCUCAGACUCUUCCUGUGUCCCGCAGCAGGACAGGAGCUCUACAUAUGAGACUGCAGCAGCUCAACAGCCUGGACAACUCCUACACCUACAACCACAAUUACAGUCAUUCAGAUGCUGAUGUGUUGAAUCAGUCUCUGUUGGAAGGAAAUAUUGCCACAGAAGUUUGUCUAACAGUUCUGGACACACUGAGCAUCUUCAUCAUGGGCUUUAAGACUCAGCUGAGUUUGGAUCACGGCCACAAUCCCCUCAUGAAGAAAGUCUUUCAGGUUCAUCUCUGCUUCCUACAAAUCAACCAAUCAGAGACGGCCCUCAAACAGGUCUUCACUUCUCUUCGUACUUUCAUCUACAAGUUUCCAUGUACGUUUUUCGAGGGCCGUGCGGAUAUGUGUGCGUCUUUCUGCUACGAGAUUCUGAAGUGCUGUAACUCCAAACUGAGCUCCAUCCGCAGCGACGCGGCUCAUCUGCUCUACUUCCUGAUGAAGAGCAACUUCGACUACACUGGACGCAAAUCCUUCGUCCGCACACACCUGCAGGUGGUGAUUGGCGUCAGUCAGCUGAUCGCUGAUGUCAUCGGAAUAGGAGGGACAAGGUUCCAGGAGUCGCUGUCAAUCAUCAACAACUGUGCCAACAGUGACAAAACUAUCAAAAACACAGCAUUCCCAUCUGAGGUGAAAGACUUGACCAAGAAGAUCCGCACUGUUCUGAUGGCCACGGCUCAGAUGAAGGAGCACGAGAGAGACCCCGAGAUGCUGGUGGACCUGCAGUACAGUCUGGCCAAAUCUUACGCCAGCACUCCUGAACUCCGCAAGACGUGGCUGGAUAGCAUGGCCCGUAUCCAUGUGAAGAAUGGAGACCUCUCUGAGGCAGCCAUGUGUUAUGUGCAUGUAGCAGCACUGGUGGCCGAGUACUUGAGGAAAGGCACGUUUAAACAGGGCUGUACUGCAUUCAGAGUGGUCACACCAAACAUCGAUGAAGAAGCGUCUAUGAUGGAAGAUGUGGGGAUGCAGGAUGUUCACUUUAAUGAGGACGUCCUGAUGGAGCUUUUGGAAGAAUGUGCUGAUGGUUUAUGGAAAGCAGAGCGUUAUGAGCUCAUCUCUGACAUCUACAAACUCAUCAUUCCCAUUUAUGAGAAACGCAGAGAUUUUGAGAGACUGGCUCACCUCUAUGACACCCUGCACCGUGCCUACAGUAAGGUCACAGAGGUCAUGCACACGGGCAAACGCUUGCUGGGAACGUAUUUCAGAGUAGCGUUCUUCGGUCAGGCAGCGCAGUACCAGUGUAAUGACUCUGAGAUGAACGAGGGGUUCUUCGAGGAUGAAGACGGUAAAGAAUACAUAUAUAAGGAGCCCAAAUUCACCCCACUGCCUGAGAUCUCUCAAAGACUCCUUAAACUGUAUUCAGACAAGUUUGGAGCUGAGAAUGUCAAAAUGAUCCAGGAUUCUGGCAAGAUUAAUCCGAAGGAUCUGGACUCUAAAUACGCCUACAUCCAAGUGACUCAUGUCACCCCGUUCCUGGAGGAGAAGGAGCUGCUGGAGAGAAAAACAGACUUUGAGAGGAGCCACAACAUCCGUCGAUUCGUCUUUGAGAUGCCGUUCACCGUUUCAGGCAAAAAACAAGGCGGCGUAGAGGAACAGUGCAAACGCAGGACUAUCCUCACCGCCACACACUGUUUCCCGUACGUGAAGAAGCGGAUCGCGGUGAUGUAUCAGCACCAUGUGGAUUUGAACCCCAUUGAGGUGGCGAUUGAUGAGAUGAGUAAGAAGGUGCUGGAGAUCAGACAGCUGUGUUCCUGCAGCGAUGUGGACAUGAUCCAGCUGCAGCUCAAACUACAGGGCAGCAUCAGUGUGCAGGUCAAUGCCGGGCCUCUUGCUUAUGCCAGAGCUUUCCUGGAUGACACCAGCACUAAGAAAUACCCAGACAACAAAGUCAAACAGUUGAAAGAAGUUUUCCGGCAGUUUGUGGAGGCGUGUGGUCUUGGUUUAGGUGUUAAUGAGCGUCUGAUUAAAGAAGAUCAGCAGGAGUAUCAUGACGAGAUGAAGGCCAACUACAGAGAUCUCACUAAAGAGCUGUCCGCCAUUAUGCAUGAGCCUAUCAGUCCAGUGGAUGAUGGGAUGCGCAGUCCUCUUCCAGACUCGCUGCACAUCUUCAAUGCCAUCAGCGGGACGCCCACUGCCGCCACUCUCCAGGGCCUGCCAAACUCCUCCUCAGUGGUGUGAACCUGACCCCUGCAGUGACCUUAUGACCUUUCACCUUUCAUUUCACACCUCUCCCAGACCUCAUGAAAGGGGAUCUGUAUGUUCCUGCCUCAUCCAGGGGAUUUCACCUGCUGUUUCCUGUGGAGACUUAAUCAAAAACUGUAUUUUAUUUUGGCCAUUUGGCCAGUUUUAUUAAUAGCCGUAGGAAAGAGAGGGAGAAUGGGUCUGAAAAUGAUGCAAGCCAAAUUCAAUCUUGUAAGCACUGCAUUCAACGUGUGCUAACAUCCAAACUCUUGACUCUGACUGCAACGGCUUUUACAUAUUAUACAUAUCUGCAUCCUCUGCAUUAUUCUAUAUUGUUUUAUUUUGUAUGACUUGUUCAAGCUCAGAUUUUCAGUUUUUGAUGUCUACUUGUUUUGCUGGCUCGCUGUCUGAGAGGCGUCUGACGUUGCCAUCGAGUUCAAACCGCCGUCAGCAUCAGACGGGUUUAAAGCUGUCAUAUGUGAGCCAUGAGUCCGUGAGUGUGUUUGUGCAGCAGACGCACAUUGAGUGGGCGUGGCAUUCGUGUGAGGAGGUCAGCGCUUUCACUGCAUGUGAUACACUGGAGGUGCGGCGGAGCUUGUGCAGACACAAAUGCUAAUGUUCAACAUUAUUAUCAGUUAUCAAAUAUUUUUAUACUGUGGGACAGCUGAAUGUGAUGUUGUUUUUAUCUGUAUUUAACAGUCUCUACUCUGCUGUAUUUAAACUGGUAUUGUCCCUAAUGCUUUGAAUAAAAUCUCAUACAAUUCUCAAA